GCGGGGGAGGUGCGGAGGAGGCGCGGCCGCCACGGGACGCCUGGCUGGGCCCGGCCACCAAAGAGUCGUCUUCCGCUCACGGCUGCGGGCCUGCUGCUCCCAGCCCGCGGCGGCGGCGGUAGCGGGCGGCAUGCGUGUGUGAGAUGUGGCCGCGGGUAGCCCGGACGCGAGCAGCGGCCCCCGCGACAGCGGCGAAGACAAGCGCGGCCUCCUCAGCGGCGGGCGCGCAGUGCAUGACGGCGAGCACGAGGGCCCUGGGCAGCAGCCGGCCACGCCGCCUCCAUAAACACUUGUUUAGGACUCGUUCGCCCCGUUGAGGCCCCCGGUGCCCCGGUCAUGCAGGCCCCGUCCGACUCCGAACCCCACGCUUCGGCCUCGGCCGCGGCGCCGUUGCGCGCCCCGGAGGUGGCGCGGCUCCGGGAGGAGCAGGAAAAGGUGGUCACUAACUGCCAAGAGAAAAUCCAGCACUGGAAGAAGGUAGAUAAUGACUAUAAUGCCCUUCAAGAAAGACUCAGUACUUUGCCUGAUAAGUUGUCUUAUAAUAUCAUGGUUCCAUUUGGCCCCUUUGCCUUCAUGCCAGGAAAACUUGUUCAUACUAAUGAAGUCACUGUUUUACUUGGGGACAACUGGUUUGCAAAAUGCUCAGCAAAGCAGGCUGUAGGUUUAGUUGAACACCGGAAAGAACAUGUAAGAAAAACAAUAGAUGAUUUAAAAAAAGUGAUGAAAAAUUUUGAAUCCAGAGUUGAAUUCACAGAAGAUUUGCAGAAAAUGAGUGAUGCUGCAGGUGAUAUUGUUGAUAUAAGAGAAGAAAUUAAAAGUGACUUUGAAUUUAAAGCCAAACAACGAAUUGCUCAUAAACCUCAUUCCAAACCAAAAACUUCAAAUAUUUUUGAAGCGAAUUUUGCAAAUGAAGUAAAAUCUGGGGAUUUGCUUGCUGAUAAGAAACUGUGGGCUCGACUUGAAGAACUAGAGAGACAAGAAGAAUUGCUGGGUGAACUUGAUAGUAAAUCUGAUACCAUGAUUGUAAAUGGAGAAGAUACAACCUCUUCUGAAGAGGAAAAGGAAGAUCAAAACACAAAUGUGAAUGUAAAACAUCAAAAAACAAACUCCCUUACUCCCACCAGUUGUCAUAAGGAUGUUAUACAUUCAGAACUAUUCAAUGGUCAAGUGAAUAGUCAGUUGAACUGUUCAGUAAAUGGUUCAAAUUCUUGUCACAGUAAUGAAGAUGAUGAUGAUGACAACAGUGAUGAUGGCGAUAAUGAAAAUGACCAUAAUGCUUUAGGGAUUGGAGAUAAUUGUGUGCCAACAAUAUACUUUUCUCAUACUGUUGAACCUAAGAGGGUUCGAAUAAAUACUGGGAAAAAUACCACUUUAAAAUUCAGUGAAAAGAAAGAAGAAGCCAAACGUAAACGAAAGAACAGCUCUGGAAGUGGUCAUUCUACCCAAGAGCUGCCUACAAUCAGGACUCCUGCUGACAUUUACAGAGUCUUUGUUGAUGUUGUGAAUGGAGAAUAUGUUCCUCGUAAAUCUAUCCUGAAGUCUCGAAGCAGAGAAAACAGUGUUUGUAGUGAUACCAGUGAAAGCAGUGCUGCUGAGUUUGAUGAUAGGCGGGGAGUUUUGAGGAGCAUUAGCUGUGAAGAAGCCACUUGCAGUGACACCAGCGAGAGUAUUUUAGAAGAGGAACCACAGCAAGAAAAUCAUCAAAAGAAACUUUUGCCAUUAUCAGGAACACCUGAGGCUUUUUCUGGAACUGUAAUAGAAAAAGAAUUUUUAUCCUCUUUAACACCACACCCAGCCAUUGCUCAUCCUGUACUACCCACCAUUCCAGAACGAAAAGAAAUUCUGUCAGAAGUAUCAGAAGAAACUGCAAAAAGGGUUUCAAAGUUCAAAGCUUCCAGAUUGCAACAGAAAAACUAGGAAAUGAGAGUUUACACCCUAAAACCUAGUUGUGCAUUUUUAGAAUGUAUAAGCAAAAUAUGUUACAUGUAGUUUGAAAUAAGGCAUCCUGAGUUAGUUUGGUAGCAAUUUCUCUUAUUCUUAUCAAUGAAAAUCAAAGUAAAUGUUUGAAUAUUUUAAUAUUCAGCUUGUUUUGUUAAAUCUCUGACUACUAAGUUGGCCAUACAAUGCAGUGGUAGUAUUUUGAGUUAUUUUUCAAAGAACACAGUUCGUAUGCAUUGCUUUGUGUUUUAAACUAAAUACAGGCAGUUUUGUACCAGCUGUGAAGUUGUGUGUACCAUAUGGACCAUUUUAAAGAAUCUUUUAAGAUUUCAGAUAGAUUCAACAAUUAUAUUACAUGCUUUUGCAUUUUAAAGGCACUUUAAAAAAAUCUACUUCCCUUGUAGGUUUUGUAGCUAGGUGGCUAUCAAACAAAAAAGAAAAACAAAUAAACAAAAAACCUUUCCCCUUUGAAUGUCAUACUGUACUCUUUAAGGUAGAAAGCUACUUGUACCCCAUGGGAAAGUUUCUUUGACUGGAAGAAUGAUAUUUUGUAAAUCAGUUUUUUCAAGUAAAAAUUUUAUGGAACUUGGUCUCUAAAAUGUUGCAACCUCUAUUAUUUAGAACUGAGUAUGGAAAUGUCUUUGAUUCCUAUAUGUAUAUACCACACAACAGAUUCUUGAAUUCUCAAAAUUCCAUAGGAAUUCCUUCUCCCCCUUCUGUAUAGUUUUCACUGGGAUUAUCCUUUGGGAGAGAAGGAAAGUUUGUUGAGAUGCUUUAAAAAAAAAAAAAAUGAAUGAAUUUUUCAAAUAAAAAUUUCUUAUGUUUUAAUCUU